AUGGGCAGGAGUUGGCCUCAGGUGCGCGGCGGUCUUCUGCCGCGCCUCCCCGACGCCGCUGGUGCGCUGCACGGGCGGCGGCUGACGGACUUGCUCCGGGGCAGUGGCCGCGCUCCAGAGGCAGCCGUUGAAGGGGGGCUGGAGCUCGUGGAGGCCGUUCCCACCCCGCCAGAGGUGCUUUCCGAGGUCCCCGAGGUGGAGCAUCCUGAGCGCGUCGUGAAGGCGCGUCGUGAAGGCGCUCGAGACGGAGUUGGAGCAGGGUUUUGGGGCGUCACGAUCGGCGGGCCCCGCGGCGCCUUGAGCCAGGCGGUCGCGGCCAAUUGUGCCGAACUGCAAGACGCCGAAGACCAGGCGGAGUGUGGUAAUUACUACCAUCUGGUCUUCCUGGAUGGAGCGCGUGCUGCGGCCGACGUCAGAGACGAAUGGAAGAGGGUUGUCCAGAGCACCGUGGCCGACCUCCGAGUGCACAUAGAGGCAGGGCGGCGCCAUAAUGACGACGCGUUGAGGAGGCUGGUGGCCUUCCGCGAGGUUGAGGCCGAGGCGCGUCGGGCUGCCAGGUUUGAGCUUGUGGCGAAGGCUCCGGAGCAAAGCCGAUGCAGCAGGUGCGGCUCAGAGGGAGUCUUCCUGUGCUGGUCCCGAGGCGAGUUCGGGACCUCAGACAAGAUUACCACCCCAGAUGGCCAGCGAAGUGCGUUUCGCUGGGCUGGGGGCAGGAGCAGCUUGGAGGGCGCCUUCCCGUGCUGGUCCUUCGGCGAGGUUGGGGUCGAGUUCGGGGUUGCCCUCCCAGGCGGCCAGCGAGGUGCAUUCCGCUGGGCUGGGGACACGUGCAUGCCAGAGUACCAGAACUCCGACGACUUCGCGUGCACGUGGUGCGGCUCGUGGCAAUUGGCGAUCGCCUUCAUGAUUGACGUGCAGCCACAGACGACAGCGAGACAUUUGGAGGCCAACGGCGAGUCUGGGCUAGGAGCGGACGGGGACCUCAUGGAGGCACCGAUCCCCCAACAGCUGCCAGCGGCACAGCUAGUGCCGCGCAGGAGAGUCAUGCAUGGAGUCACCGAUGCUAUCGACCACUUCGAACGUAAAGUCAGCGCGUUCCGGGACGACGUCCAAGAACUCGAGCAGCUGCUGACGGGCACCCUCAACAAGCAGUCGGGGCAGGUCGGCAGCCAGAGCGACCCGUCCAAGGGCGGUGCGGCCGCGCUCGCCACGGGCGCUGCGCUGGGCGUGGCAGCAGUCGGGGCGGUCGUAGAGGAGGCCCCGCCAGCGCCGCAGCAGGCCAGUGGCCGCAAGCGUGUCGCCAGAGGCCAAGGCGCGGCCAACGACAGCAAGUUGGCUAGGAGGCUGACGGGCGCGGCCAUGGAUCGUUCGCCGCGAGGCCUCCCAUCGCCACAGGAGACUGCGUUCGCCAGCGCUGCAGCUGGGCGCGGCCAGGCAUCGAGCAGGCAGGACGAGGCCGUCAGGCCAGUGGUCAUAGGCUGCGGCUGGCCUGCAGGGCCACCUCCAGCCAUCCUGGCCGCUGGGCUGGGCACGGAGAUGGGCGAUGGCAUGAAGCUCCACGAUGGCAUGAAGCCCGCCUGCGCGCCGAGCAAGCCCGACGCCUGGCCGCCGCUGCCAUGUGCGGCCUUCGCGGAGCAGCGGGCCAGGAUGCAGACAUGCCCAGCAGCGCCGCAGGCAGCGUGCAGGAGCAGCCCCAGCGGCCGGCCUGCGUGGGCGCCACCGCGCCUGCGGACUGGCGUGCCAGCCUGGAGGCCCAGGUCAGUGCGGCUGUGCACGCUUGACAAGCAGAACAAGGGCUCGGCGAGGGCGCAGCUGCAGAGGGCUGGCGCGCACGGAGGCCCUCGCAGCACCGCAGCCGCCUGCAGGUCCAUCGGCAAGAGCAUCGCCCGGGCUCUGGACAGGAAGUUCUUCCGCUUCUCGGUGGGCGGCCUCCACGAUGUCGCGGAGAUCCGAGGGCACAGGCGCACCUACGUGGGCGCCAUGCCGGGCAAGAUCAUACAGGCGCUGAAGAUCACGCAGGUCUCGAACCCGGUGAUCCUCAUCGACGAGAUCGACAAGCUCGGACGUGAUUACAGGGGCGACCCGUCCUCCGCGCUGCUGGAGGUGCUGGACCCCGCGCAGAACAACACCUUCCGCGACAUGUACCUGGACGCGCCAGUUGACCUCUCGCGCGUGCUCUUCGUGUGCACCGCCAACAUCCUGGACACCAUCCCCGGGCCGCUGCUGGACCGCAUGGAGGUCAUCACGCUGGCCGGCUACGUCUACGAGGAGAAGGUCGCGAUCGCGAACCAGUUCCUGAUCCCGUCCACCAUCAAGGAGCACGGGAUCAGCGACGAGCUCAUGGAGCUGCACCCCGAGGCCGUGCGGCAGCUCAUCCGCGACUACGCCAGAGAGGCUGGCGUGCGCGAGCUGCGAAAGCUCUUGGAGAAAAUAGCGAGGAAGGUCGCGUUGGCGGUAGUCCGCACCGAGGAGGGUAAGCGCACGUGCACCAUCGUCGGCGUGGACAACCUCAAGAAGUACGUCGGCCAGCCGCCGCACACCUCCGACCACCUGUUCCCCGAGGGUAUGCCAGCGGGUGUGGUCAUGGGCCUCGCAUGGACAUCCUUGGGCGGGAAGACGCUUUUCAUUGAGGCCCGUGGACGGCUACCGUUGAAGGAUACUGGUCGCAAGAGCGAGAAGCCUCGGCUGGUGGACACCGGGCCCGCGGAUGACGGCUCCGCGCGGGACGACGACGCAGAGGACGGAAAGCACAAACCGCCAACUGGCACGGGUGCGCGUAUCACGGUCACUGGCAAGCUUGGCAAGGUGAUGGGCGAGUCCAGCGAGAUAGCUGCGACCUACGCCCGCCUGUUCAUCCGGGAGGUGGAUGCGCCGAACAAUUACUUGGAUCAGGCGCUCAUGCACAUGAACAUGCCAGAGGGUGCAACUCCGAAGGACGGGCCCUCUGCUGGAGUGGCCAUGACCUCUGCGCUGCUGAGCCUGGCGCUGGACAAGCCCGUGAAGCCGGACAUGGCCAUGACCGGGGAGCUCACGCUGACAGGGAAGAUUCUCCGCGUCGGAGGCAUCAAGGAGAAGGCGAUAGCCGCGCGGAGGGAGAACGUGGGCACCAUUGUGCUGCCGAUGUCCAACCAGGCGGAUUACAUGGAGAUCAAGCCGCACCUGCGUGCAGGGCUCACCGCGCACUUCGUCGACCACUUCGACGACAUCUACUCCCUGGCCUUCGGGGAGACCGGGGCGCCCAAGCUGGCGUCCUCGAGGGGCAGCGAGGUGGUGACUGUACACACGCCGCUGGAGGAGGCAGCUGCUCCCCCCGCCGUACACCACGAAAUCUGCGAGUGCCCCAGGUGCUGCGGCGUAGUUGUAGUAGCGUGCCAGCCGGAUGGGUCAGCUUUUGUUGCAAUCGUUGUAACAGUCAUUGGUUGCCAUCUUUAUGUGUGUGUGUCUGGGCACAUGACCGUCGUCAGUGUUGAUAUUAUUACCAGCGCACUUCCGCAUUGA